CACCAAGAUGAGCAACAAAAGCAAAAAUAUCAGCAUUCAUCCAAUGCACCGCACACUGCACCUUUAAUAAGUAAAAAGCAUUUUCCAUUCGAUGCGCCGACGUCACCGCGAAGCGUUCGUACAACGGAAAAGUCUGAAGCACUUUUUACAUUUGAAAAGCGCACCGAUUUAACGACCACUGACUAUGAUGACGACCAUAUCAAUGGAAGUGGCUAUGAGAAUGGUUGCAGCAAAGUGAUUGUUGAGGGCAACAAAGUGUACUAUCAUGGCACGUCGAAUUACAAGAGUGAUAAUAAAAUAAGCAAUGGCAAUGGUGAGGCUCAUCGUUACUAUCGUCAUGACAAAUUGGACAAGGAGGAUGCAUGCGAAUCGUCAUCAACAUCGUCAUCGACAUUAACAACAACAACCGCAGCAACGAUGCAACGUUUAAUGCACAUGACGGACGAAAACUAUUACGAUGAACAAACGUACAGUAGCUACAGCAAAUAUUCACGACGGGACGGACCGUGGAAGAAUCGUCAUGGCGGUAGUAAUAAAUCGAAUAAAGCAACUAAAUCGUAUACCACGGAUUAUGCGGCAUUCAAUAGUAGUGGCAACAGUAGCGGUGGUUCAAAUAAGAAACCGCAUCACGGCGAUGACACCAUGUUCCCGUUCGAUCGGGCAUCGAUGACAUACGAUUCGAUGGGCGAUAAUAAUAGUCCGGAAUGGACAAAACGGCAUUUAUCAUCGUAUGGUAAUAAAUAUUACGAUUCGCCCAGUCCCGACUAUGAUUAUUACGAACAAUUCCGUAGUGCACCGAGAAAAUCGACCGCAUCAAAUGUAUCGUCAGACGGGCGGCUGCUCAAAGAAUUGGCAUCACUUUCACGGAAGCAAUCAUUAAAAAUGAGUAAUUAUGAUCCUCCCCCGUCACCAUCCAACACUACCAACACCACCAACCACACAACCAUUAAAACCGAUCAAAAUCAUCAAUUCAAAAACCACAUAUCCGAUUCCGAUGCCUUUAGCCUACCUAAGCCAAAUGCUAAAACCAAUUCUACUUCACCCGAAAAUACCACCAUUAUCACAACAACCACCCACAACAAUGCGACGACAAUUAGCAUUGUCAGUCAAUCGUCCAAUCUAAGUUGUGCCAAUGAUCGAACUCAUCCAGUUUCCCAAUUUGAACAAAUCGCAUCCAAAUUUGAUAAAAUCCCUUCCAAAGUUUCACCAUACGAUCCUCAUGAACCGGCGGCCACAUCACCUGUGCCCGAUUUGCGUGUUGAUUUUUUCUCCGAACCAAUGGAUCAUUUACAAAAACGUCAUUCUUAUGUUGAAAUUACGAUGAAACAAAUCAGUGCAUCGGAUAUGUCGCCCAGCAUGAGCAGCACAAAUAUUAGCAUUGCAAACGCUGGAAAUACGUCCGGAAUCAAUGUAACAUCGAAUCCGAUGGAUGAAACAUCCACCACUGUCACAUGUACAACGCAAACACCGCGCGCCACCAUCGUUGUUCAACAG